AUGUCGGAACAGAGGCCACGCAGACAGGAGGAGUCCGGUUCGGGCUUCAAGGGUGCCCUUCAGGGUCUUGGAAUCUUCUUGUUGGCCCAAUUUGCGAUCAGUCAGUUCAUGGGAAACAAGGACAAGGCCUCUACCAGCGCGAAUUCUGUUGGCAUUCCAGCUUUUGCCGAUCGCCCUGAUCCUAGCGAAUUUGCGGAACGCAGUACUCUCCCUGAGCUCAUCGCCCCCAUCUGGCCCUCGGACAGCGCUAUCGAUAUCAGUGUUUAUGUAACUCCGUCUAUCAUUGUACCUAGCUUCAAGUCGCCGGACAGUAUUCUUGUGCUGGAUGAGAAGAACUUCACAAUUGGAAACUACAGUGACACCCGCGAAAUCGACACUACCAUCAAGGUCCCAAAGCAGGUCCAAAAUAAUGGAACUCUCUGGGCUCACUUCUUUUUGGCUCGCACCGGACACCCACUAGACCCCGCCGCUAAGAACUACAACACCGCUGAUGCAGUCCACUUCCUCCGACCCCUGAACCAGUACCUUCCCAAGAAGAAAGUCAAGAAGCUUAAGAAUCUCCUGUCGGACCCCGAGAAUGAACAUGACCAGGAGGAAGAUAACACCCCUGAUGUUUCAACUAUGUCAUACUAUCACCCCAACUUCACUGUAUCCUUGAUCCCGGACUCCGGAACUCAGAAGUUGGGCCAGAUGCACCCCGCGGUUCGCCAGUAUUUGCAGCUGGAGCGGACUGAUGCCCGCGAUGCCAGUGGAAAGAAUGGAUGGUACUACCCCAUCGCUUUCAUCAACACCUUUUGGCAACUGAAGACCCACAUGACCGAGUUGAACUCUACCGUCGAGACCUUGCCGAUGCAUAUUACUCUGAACAACUUGGCAAACUGGAAGUUCAGCCUCCUGAGUAGUAUUGAUGAAGGUUCGAAGCAAAGUUCCCGCCAGGCUGCCUAUGGUAAUCCUGCCCCCGGUGGUGGAGAUGGAACUGAGUGGGAGAUGGUGAAGGAGAUUCUCUUGGAUACGAACAUUUGGCUCCUCUGCACCACGGGUGUGGUCACUGUCUUGCAUAUGUUGUUUGAGACUUUGGCCUUCAAGAACGAUAUUGCCCACUGGCGUAAGAAGAAGGACAUUGUUGGUACGUCAGUUCGGACAAUCCUAGCAAACGUCUUCAUGCAGGCUGUCAUCUUCCUCUACCUUAUGGACAACAGUGACAACACCUCUUGGAUGAUCCUGGCCAGUCAAGGAUUUGGGAUACUUCUAGAAUUCUGGAAGAUCACUAAGACCGUCGACGUUCGCUUGCGCCCGCCGCCAGCCAACUCAUGGUUGUCGUUCUUGCCCUAUGUGAUUGUCUUCGAGGACAAGCACAAGCUUAGCGAGACCGAAGAAAAGACUAAGGAGUACGAUGAAAUCGCUUUCCGCUACUUGUACAUUGCGGCUGUUCCCCUUUUGCUCGCAUACGCUGCCUACAAUUUGGUCUACAACACCCACAAGUCGUGGUACUCUUACGUUAUCCAGACCCUGGUGGGCAGCGUUUACGCCUACGGUUUCCUCAUGAUGGUCCCCAGUCUCUACAUCAACUACCGAUUGAAGUCUGUUGCUCACAUGCCCGGCAAGGCUCUGACCUACAAGUUCCUUAACACCUUCAUCGAUGAUCUCUUCGCCUUCACCGUCAAGAUGCCCUGGCUCCACCGCCUGGCUACUCUUCGCGACGACGUCAUCUUCUUCAUCUGGCUCUACCAGGGCUGGAAGUAUAAGGUUGACUACAAGCGAGUCAACGAAUUCGGCCAGGGAGGUGACAGUGAUGAGGAGGAAGAGCCUACGCCUGUCAUCGAGGGUGACAAGAAGGAGGAAAUUGCUACCCAAUCCUCCUCCAAGGCUGCUUCCAACUCAUCUACUCGCAAGAGGAAAUGA